GCAACUAGCUUGCUGACAAAUGUUAAUACUUUUACUGGUGACAGGUUGCUCUAGGUACUCGCCUCCAUAUUUCCAAGUUAACUCCAAGGUUAAUUGUGCAAAAAAUUGGGAAGCUCGGGACAGCUGUUCCUGGGUGUCCGCAACCGGAAGACUGGAAUCCCCUUACCUUUGAGCACAGGUGCGCUCCAGGGAUCACCGUCAGCUCCAGCCGGGGCCCUCUGGGGUUUAUCUGAAGCAUGCAAGAGAACACCGAGCAGCCGACAUCCUUAUCUCAGUUCCUGAGAGAGAAUUACUUGGCAGAAGCGCACACGCAACAGAGACACAGCGAGAUGAGCCGCUUCGACUCCUCAUGGCGCCUGGUCUAUGGGCCCCUCAAAGGCAAAGAGGAGGACUCUGCGGGCCAGGACGAGCCACAAGCCCAGUUCCCAGACCUCUCAGCUUUCUUGAGUCAGGAAGAACUGGAUAAGAGCGUCAACCUGGCCUGUCAGGCUAUUGGACGAGAGGCCCGUGAAGAGAGGCCAGAGGCUGAGGCCGCCGUCGCCCCUUCCACCUCUUCAGACACCCAACUGGACCUGAAACUAAAAGAACUCUUACAAACACACCCGACAUUCUUGCCAGAGAGACUGCCGCAACUCCUGUCCACACAUGACAGUGCAAUUAAAACAGACGAAUCGGUACAUCAGACAUCCCAACGGUCCGUCCAGGACAACGCAUUGAGGGCAGACGGGCAAACAUGUCCCCUGUCCACCAUCCAGGACGGGGCAAUGAAGACCAGCGGGGUGGCCAGGGAGUCCCUUGAGGACCAUAAGAAACCUGGAGCCGGGGGGAAAAACAUGCCAGCAUAUGGCCUAGAGACUCAGUCCAAGAAAGAGUUCCUCAACAAGGCGGCUGACUUCAUCGAGGAGCUCUCGUCGCUGUUCAAGGCGAACAGCUCCAAAAGGAUACGGCCUCGUUCAUGUAAAGGCCAUCGAAGCAGAGCCAACAAGGGUCAAGCAGACGGGGGUGUUUACCCCCUUAACACCGAUGACAGAGAACGUCCAGUUAAUCUCCAGAACUUCGAAAUGGAGGUGUUGAGGGCUGAUAAUCCCUUCAGUAAUCAGCCUCCAGAAGUCAUGGGUUUGACCAUGGAACCUGCUUUAAAGCAUGCAGAUUUGCCCACAGAAGACUGCAGGACCAAUGAUCCACAAUAUGAUGAUUCUGGGGUGCUUGAGGCAGAUGAAGGGAAUGAGGCUGAGAGCCCUGUCCUGGUGGAAGUCAGCCCUGGUGUUUACACAGCCAAUCCUAUCUGUGAGCCCCCUCACUUCAUCCAAAAACUCAAAAGCAGGGAAGUACCAGAGGGCAGUAAGGUUCAGCUGGACUGUAUUGUUCAAGGACUCCCGAUGCCCGAUGUCCGGUGGUUUUGUGAGGGAAAGGAGCUAGAGAACUGUCCUGACAUUCAGAUUAUCAACAAUGGCGAAUUGCACUCUUUGAUCAUUGCUGAGGCAUUUGAGGAAGACACUGGGCGGUACUCUUGCUUUGCCUCCAACUUCUACGGCACUGACUCAACAUCUGCUGAAAUCUACAUCGAAGGGGCCUCCUCUACAGAUUCUGAUGGGGACCAACAUUUUGAGCAUGUAGUGCAGCACAAGAGGACCCAAUCUCAGCCGGGUGUCCCAUCUUUACCACUGGCAGUUAGUGCAGCGUCUGUGUUCGAGGAAGACACACCUGCUUACACUGAAGAACAUCCUCAGGAAGCUGCCUCACUGACCUCACCGCCUUCCAGCCAGGCAGCAUCUGUACCUGCCCAGGUAGAGUCGUCAGCAACGCCACCUGUCCCAGUAGUCCCUACUCAAGGUCCAGGACUUGGAGAAACCCUGCCAGUGCAGGGGGUGUCAACAUCGUCACUGUCAACGCCAUCGCCUGUCUCAGGGACAGCUACACCAUUACAAACACAGACCGUCUCAGCCACAGCACUACCGCCGACCCACUUCUCCUCUACUCUGCCUGCCCAAGUGGCAGCCGUACAGACUUCUCUGGCUGAGAACCUAAACGGCGACAGCAAUACUCUACGUCCCGAUGUCUAUCCUCAAGGUCUGGAUGGAAGGCCUUUAAUGGCUGCCCCGGUUUUCACAAAGAGUCUACAGGAUCUGUUGGCAUCGGAGAGCCAGCUGGUGGUGCUAGAGUGUCGUGUUAAAGGGGUUCCUUCUCCCAAGGUGGACUGGUACAGAGAAGGUACCCUCAUUGAGGACUCCCCUGACUUCAGGAUCCUGCAAAAGAAGCCUCGAUCCAUGGGAGAAACAGAGGAAAUAUGCACUUUGGUCAUUGCUGAAGUCUUCCCUGAAGAUUCUGGAACGUUCACUUGCACCGCAAGUAACAAAUAUGGAACUGUAUCCAGUAUCGCCAAACUAAGGGUGAAAGGCAACGACAACACCAUCCGCAGCAACACAAAAACCCUCAGAGGCACUUUAACGAUGGAGCACUCUUCCUCAAAACUUUCUCCCCCCAGUCUCCCCUCUGUCACCAAUAGCGUCAAGCCUCACUCCAACACUAUCCGUCUAGAUCCCCUCAGCUCCAGCAUGUUACGACUGGACCCUCUGAGCACCAGCACUCUCCGUCUGGACCCCCUGAGCUCUGGCAUGCUGCGUCAGGACACUGUCAGCACCAGCAUGCCCAGCCUUGGACCUCUGAGCCUGGGCAGCAGCCCUCGUAUAGGCACCCGUAGCUCCAGCACAUCACGUCUAGACCCACUGUACCUGAGCACCCCUCACCUAGACGUGGCUACAACUUCAAGCGGGCUACUAACCCCUGAGGUCCAAAGCCGUGGUGAGAACCACUUGACUGUCCAGGAAGACUCCAGUACAGUUUCACUGUUACCUGACCUGGGUCUUGGUCAAAAACCUAAAGUGAAAGGGACUCAAAACCCUGAGAAACCUCCUCCUGUUAACCUCCCUGAUCCCCCCAUAUCCUCCUGUCUCAAGCCUGGGGUUCUGGUGAACCAAAACGGGCCCAGGUCUGGCUCUAAGGCAGGCCUCCGUGUGCACUUUAAACUGCCCGAGGACGAAACGGACAAUGACAGUGAAGCACACAGUAGUAUGUCAUAUGAAGAAAUGUCGCUGUUGGCUAAUAAGGGCCCACCUCCAGUGCUGGCCAAGCCCAAACUAGACCCUGUUCAGCUACAGCUUCUGCACAACCAGGUGCUUCUGGAGCAACAGCAGAUUGAGCCAACUGGAACCACCCAGUGCCAACAAACGCACCAGGCCCAGCAAAGCCUGCCCCGUUCAUCCACCCCCAUGCCCCUGCAGAACACCAACCCCUUACCCUCACUGAACACAGUCCCAACACCCUUACUCAACUCCACCCCAAGGCUGAGAACGAACACUACCCCUGCGCCCCUGCACAGCACUGCCUCUGCACCACUACUGAACCCAUACACCAUACAUUCUUAUUCUCCUUUACCUUCUUCUCCCCUGUUUAACACAAAUGCUGAACCCCCACUAAACACCACCUCGGCUCCACCUCAGAACACCACCUGUGCUCCGGUACAGAACACCACCUGUGCUCCGGUACAGAACACCACCUCUGCACCAAUACAGAACACCACCUCUGCACCGCCACUAAACAGCACCUAUGCUCUGCUACGGAACACUACCUGCGCGCCACUACUGAACACCACCUUGGCUCUGCCACAGAACUACACAAAUGCUCCACUACAGAACACCACCUCUGCAUCAAUACAGAACACCAGCUCUGCGCUACUAAUGACCACCACCUCCGUGCCUGUUGUAGGCACUGUGCCGUCUCCUGCUGCAUCUUAUAUGACCUCGCCAUCUGUCCCUCGACUGAGCACUGGUCCUUCGCCCCACCUGUACACCAGCCCUGCAUCCCCACCCUAUAUGACUCAACAAAACACCACCCAUUCAUCCCAGCCCAGCUUAGCCCCCUCGUCUCUGCCUAAACCCGUUCACGCACCACACCAGUUCAGCAGCCCUAACUCACCUCGUCCGAACACAGCCCCCUUCAUUUCCAUCCCUGCAGCUUUUGGAAGGCCCUUUACAACCGUGCAGAAUACCACCCUCUCCUCCCUACUUCAAACAACCCACAGCUCCCUCCUCGACAUGAGCCCCACAUCCCAGAGCUUCAACUAUGCCAGGCCAAAGGAGUUCAUCCCCGCCCGGACUCCCCUUUCUCCAGUCAUGAGUCCCUCCCCCACCGAGUCACCUGUGCCGUUACUCCAGGAGCUGGCGGCCGAGCUCCACUCCUCCAGUCCCAACCUGUUCUCCCCACAGCCCAGAUUCUUCCCCACCAGGGUCCUCAAGUCCCCCACCAGCCCGCCCUCCUUCAUGUCCUCCCCAACCUCCCCGACACUGCUGCCUGCUGCCUACCUUAACUCUGUGUUCACCCUGCCACAGCAGUCACCCCCGCAGGCAGCCUCCCCGACGUCUAGCACCUCCAGCCCGAUCCAGGACCAUGUGGCCUUCCUCAGCUCGGUCCUGCCCUCUCUACACCCCACACAAGCCACCAACUCUAUGGGCCUACCCAAGAGCACCCAUGGGCCACCUCAGGGCUCAUUGAAGAAGUUGCCUCCAAGCCCUCGUCCUAUUUCGGAUGAUGAACUUCGUAGCAGCCAACAAAACCUCCUUCAGGAUAUUGAGAAAAAGCUACAGCUCAAUGACAAUUUUAUGCGUGGUAUACAACAGAAGCUGACUACUAAUGAGGGGAAAACAGCAAGCAGAGCCCUCGGACCAAACAUUCCUGCCACUGUCUUUAACUAUGAUGAGGAGUACAAAGUGUCCAACUUUGAGCAGAGGCUCAUGAGUGAGAUAGAGUUCCGUCUGGAGCGCACACCGGUUGAGGAGUCUGAUGACGAGGUACAUCACGAUGAGAUCCCAACAGGGAAAUGCAUUGCUCCCAUAUUUGACAAGAAGCUGAAGAACUUCAGAGCAAUGGAGGGUGUGCCAAUGACAUUUUCCUGUAAAGUGGUUGGGAUCCCUAUACCUAAGGUUUACUGGUUCAAGGACGGCAAGCAGAUUUUGAGGAAAAAUGACCAUUAUAAGAAGAUAAGGGAGGGGGACGGCACCUGUGCUCUACACAUAGAGGUCACAAAUAGUGACGAUGACGGCAACUAUACUGUCAUGGCAGCAAACCCUCAGGGACGUAUCAGCUGCUCGGGUCAUUUGAUUAUCCAAACGGCUCCUUUACGAAACCGAACUACAAAUAUGAUUCGCUCUCAGAGGGUGCGGGCCCGCAUACAGGAGGUGGAGGAGGGUGAACCAACCCAGGAACGUUUCUUCAGACCUCAUUUCCUCCAGGCUCCGGGGGACAUGGUGGCUCAUGAGGGCAAAGUCUGUAGAUUAGACUGCAAGGUGAGUGGCCUUCCAAACCCAGAGAUGAUGUGGCUGAUCAAUGGGAGGCCGAUCUACCCAGACUACUACCAUCGAAUGUUGGUGAGGGAGAACGGCAUCCAUUCUCUGCUCAUUGACCCUCUGAAACAGGGUGAUGCCGGGACAUACACCUGCAUCGCCAGCAACAAAGCAGGACAGAGCUCCUUCAGUCUGGAGUUAAAGGUUGUAGAAAAAGAGAUGAAGCAAGCUCCCCAUUUCGUGGAGAAGCUUCAGAACACAGGCAUCGCAGAGGGCACACCUGUCCGACUGGAGUGUCGGGUGCUGGGCAUGCCUCCACCUCUCAUCUACUGGAAAAAAGACAACGACACCAUUCCUCACACGAAGGACAGAGUCAGCCUACACCAGGAUGCCACUGGAUAUGUUUGCCUUCUGAUUCAACCAACCAGGAAAGAGGAUGCAGGCUGGUACACCGUCUCCGCAAAGAACGAAGCCGGAAUUAUUUCAUGCACAGCCAGGCUAGACAUUUAUGCCCAGUGGCAUCAGCAUGUCCCACUGCCUUUGAAGAAGACACCACGGCAGGGCAGUCGAUAUGCAGCGCUGACGGGACAGGGCUUAGACAUCAAGUAUGCCUUCCCAACGACGGACAACAGUCCCAUCCUGUUCUCUAGCUCACCUGUGGAGGCCCACCUGGAGAGCGAUGAGCUGUGAGAAGCCUGUAAGGACCCUUCAUCUAAAGGUUUUGAUGAGUCUGUAAAUGUUCCCAUAUUGCACAGGAUGUUCCGAAAUUCCCUGUUAAAAGCUUAAGAAAUAUUUUGGAGUUAGACUCCACCACCGCCAUCACUACCACCACACUUCACCCUUAGCUCAUUGAACCUUCAAACUACCUUAAUUUAAUGCCAACUACCCAAACACAUAGUUAGCCAAAUACUGCACUAAAAUGCAUUUCCAAAUAGAGAAUGUCCAUUGAAAAGGCUUUUAGUUCAGGUCAAGAGUUACAUUUGUGUCUGUGGAGUUUGGGUCCUCUCGGACACCUUGAGAUGACUAAUCUGCUAGUUAUUCUAACAUGUGUUGGCCAAUGGGAGAACUAUAAUCUGAGCGGUUUGUGUAAUCUUGUUUGUGUUAAACAUUUGAAGUAAUAUAUUCAAAUUAGAAUGACAAAAACCUUUUACAUUUUUAACUGCCAACACACUGCUGUGCUUUCUGCCAUUCAUAUUGAAUUAUAUCAUUUAAAGCCUCUUAACACAAAUCAGAAAAUCUUGCAAAGUCUUAGUACAUAAGCCACUGAUUCAGGAGUCAUCUUUUAAUUAAUAUGAUUUUGUUAUAGUAAAAUAUUUUCUACUUUUUGAUUAGUUUGAUAUUGAGAAGGUUGAUCUAUGUUGAUAGUGAUCAUAAUCAAACAUUUCAACUUCCUCCUAAUCUUUAGCAUUUUUUUGGUUUUGUUAUGUUUUGCUUGUUUUAGUUUUUAUUGCAAACUUACAGUGGGGAGAACAAG